AUGCCAAAUACAACAUACUUUUCCCCAAUGGUCAAUGUACCACACAUAAGACCGGAACAAACUUCCAAAGGAUCGUAUAUAACAGUCCAAGGACUACGAGCGUACACCAUUGGACCUCAAGGAAAAAAUGCUGUUAUAGUGGCACAUGAUAAGUUUGGCCUCACACCACAAAUGGAACAAAUUUGUGAUAUGAUUGCUAGUCAGGGUUACCGGGUUAUAAUGCCAUAUUUGUUUAAAGAUGAAUUUCCGUAUACUAGAGAGCGAGCAUUAAGAGAAAGUAGCAAACAAUGCUACGAAUGGUUCAUGAAUAUCGUAUCAUCUCCAUCAACAUUCGAUCACAUUCACAUAACGAUGAAGAAAAUCUUGACAUACCUCCAAAGCCAAGGUUUCGUUCAUUUUGGAGUAUUUGGCGCGGGCGGUGGCGGAAAAUUCGCCUCGAUUGCCGCUUCCAAAAGCGACUUAUUUAGUGCGGCUGUAUUUGUCCAUACCCCAUGGUUUUCGUUGGCAGAUCUAAAGGAUAUCAAGUGUCCUGUGGCAAUUCUCACCUCCGGAGACUUGGAGGACUUGGCGAGUAUUUUUUUUACCCCAUCCAUAAAUUCAUUGCAAAUGUCUCCAUCGUCUACAACCAAACACUUCCCUCGCGUGAUGCUACACAUGCGGUUCGCAGAAAUGAAAUACGGAUGGGUCGGCUCGUAUGGCGAAUGGACAAAUCCAUAUAUCGCCGAACGUACCACCGAAGCUCUUCGGAUUUCUGCCACCUUUUUUCGGGAACAUAUUGGACUAAAAAAAUUUUAA